AUGGUAGUUAAGAAAAGACAAACGGUUAAAAAGAAGUUUGUUUCAUUUUCAGAUGACGAUGUUUUGUCCAGGGCCAAUCGUUCUACAAAAAGUAAUACGCAUUACGAUAGCCCACCGGUUUAUGUCAGAAGAACACCGUUGACAAUUCCAAUCCAUCUACCUGUAUUAUGUUAUUGGUUUGCAAAAUGCUCAAAGGACUAUGAUAUUGUGAGGGCGUUAUGGUACUUGGCACCAAGCCAGCUGUUAUACUUAGUUCUUCAAUUUAACAGAUGUACAGUGUAUGGUAAUAAGAUUAUAAAGACCAAUCAUUCAUUAUUAUUAGUGUCUGCGGGAACUACAUUCCUAUUGACCAUUCCAUGUAUGCUAUUCAUUAUUCUGUUUGGUGCUCCCAUUUCUGAACUGUUGAAGAAAACGUGGCUGUUGUCACUGCACUGUUGUGUAUUGGCGUAUCCUGCAAUAUAUUCGGUUUACAACAGUGAUUUUAAAGUAGGCUAUUUUAAAAAGUACUUUAUUUCAAUUGCUAUAGGAUGCUGGAUCAGCUGUGUGGUAAUUCCACUCGACUGGGAUAGACCUUGGCAAGCAUGGCCAACUCCUAUUGUAAUUGGUGGUUACAUUGGUGCAUUUUUUGGUUAUACUUUUGGCAGCUUUUUAUAG